GGAUCCCUUGGCUCAUCUUUGAUAUUCCUCCAACAUGUAUUCCCUGCGUUUCACUCCUCUGUGUCUGUUAACCAUCUCGCUUCUUGUCCAUGGCGUCAUUAGUGCCGACCCUCUUUUCCAUUUUUGUUCAAAAUCCGGCAACUUCAGUGCCAAAAGCCCAUACGAGAUCAACUUGAACAAGUUGAUGAGCUCUCUCUCCUAUAAAGUUGUUCCCUCGGGCUUUGGACUCGGUUCGGUUGGGCAGGCACCAGACCGUGCAAAUGGCCUUGCUCUGUGUCGAGGUGAUGUCUCAAGCACAGAUUGUAAGACCUGCGUCUCUGAGGCCAAGACGGAGAUUCUACAACGCUGUCCCAAUGACAAAGAAGGAAUCAUAUGGUACGAUAACUGUCUCUUGAAAUACUCAAAUAAGGAUUUCUUUGGGAAUAUCGACUACAAAUACAAGUUCUACAUGUGGAACGUACAGAACGUAAGCAACCCAGCUUCCUUCAAUCAGAAAACAAAGGAAUUGUUGAGCCACCUAACCAACGAAGCUUAUCAUAGCCCAAAGCUAUUUGCAACGGGAGAGCAAAAACUGGGAGAAGCACAGACGCUAUAUGGUCUGGUUCAGUGCACCAGGGAUCUCUCUACCACUGGUUGCAAGAAGUGUCUGGAUGAAGCAAUAAGCGAAAUUUCUAGUUGCUGUGAUGGUAAGAUAGGAGGGAGAGUUGUUGGUGGGAGUUGCAACUUCAGAUAUGAGCUGUAUCCCUUCGUCAAUUAAUGCAUAGAAUUAAUAUCCUUUUGGUAUAUAUAUAUAUAUAUAU